CAUUGUGAAGACGUCGGAGUUCAUAUGAGCUCGUUCACACUAAAUAUCGCCUUUUAGCUGUCAGAUUUGAUCCGAAUCCAUGGGCUAGGGUCUUAGCUACACUAUGACUAUCAUUCUUUUUCUCGUAGACACGAGUGCUUCGAUGAAUCAACGCACAUAUCUGGGGAACACCCUUUUAGACGCCGCAAAAGCCUCUGUAGAGACAUUUAUGAAGUUGCGGGGUCGAGAUCCGCAAAGCAGAUGGGACAGAUUCAUGCUGUUGACCUUCGAAGAUCCACCAGCGAAUAUCAAGGCUGGCUGGAAAGAAAACCAUGCCACAUUUAUAUCUGAGUUGAAAAAUCUCCAGUGUCAGGGAUUGUCAACUAUGGGCCCAUCCCUAAAACAUGCCUUUGACUUGUUAAAUGUUAAUCGCAUGCAGUCUGGUAUAGACACAUACGGCCAGGGAAGAUGUCCGUAUUAUUUAGAGCCAGCUGUGAUUAUAGUGUUAACAGAUGGCGGGAAGCUGACUACUCAGGGCGGUAUACAGCAAGAGUUAAACUUACCCAUGACAUCUACUGUCCCUGGCAGCGAGUUGACGAAGGAACCUUUCCGCUGGGAUCAGCGGAUAUUCGGUCUCGUCAUCAAUUUACCAGGCUCAUAUCCAAUGGAAAACCAAGGCCCAACUUACAUUCCAUUAGCAGAAAAUUGUCCAUUGGACGCCAUGUGUGAGGUCACAGGAGGGCGAUCCUACCUGGUUACGUCUCAGCGAAUGCUGAAUGCGGCGUUAGAGUCUCUCGUCUCCAAAGUUCAGAGUGGUGUUGUUAUAAACUUUGAGAAGAUAGGCCCCGACCCCCCUCCUGUGAAUGUGGAUGGUAAAACAGAUAUGAAUGGUGAUAUCAAUGGAAUAUCAAAAGAGAAUCGCGAUAUGAACAGACAGGAUAUGGGUGUGUUAAUACUACCCAAUGGAAUGGAAGAGAAAAAGCGAUCGCUAACACCACAACCAACAAACACAGGCUGGUACAACUGUCGCCGUUUGAUUUAUGUUCCGAGGUCGGCACAGAAAGGGUACUCGGUUGGACAUUGGCCAAUGCCGGAGGCCUUCUGGCCAGACCUGAAUAGCCCAACAUUGCCCCCUCGCUCAGCGCAACCUGUUCUAAAGUUCAGUUGCACGUCUUGCGACCCCAUGGUGAUAGAAAAUUUACCGUUCGACAAAUACGAGUUGGAGCCGUCACCUUUGACCCAAUAUAUCUUAGAGAGAAGAACUCCGAGUGUCUGCUGGCAGGUAUUCGUGACAAACAGUGCCAAGUACAGUGAUAUAGGUCAUCCAUUUGGUUACCUCAAGGCCAGCAGUAAUCUGAUGUGUGUAAACCUGUUUGUACUGCCCUAUAACUACCCAGCUCUUCUACCUCUUCUAGAUGAUUUGUUUAAAGUUCACAAGUCAAAGCCCAAUGCCAAGUGGACGCAACAGUUUGGAAACUACCUAAAGACCAUGCCAGUCUAUUACUCAGGGCCGUUACGCAGAGCGUUGAACACAAUGGGAGCGCCUAAUCUCAUCCCAGAGAGCAUGGACAACUGCCUCAGCUACAGUGUCAUUUCCUAUCUCAAGAAGUUAAAAAACCAGGCCAAGAUUGAAAUGGACAGACUUGUGGCCUCUGUGGGUCAGAAAGUUCCAGCUUAUGAAGGAAUAAAAGUUGUGCCAAGGAGCAAAACAUCUAUCCUUCAGAGAAAGGAUUUUAACCAGAUGUUACAGAUCGCAGGUGGCAGUAUGGCCAACCUCAAACAGGAGCUCACUGACUUCAACAGCUUCCUGCUAGGUGUGGAAGACAAGUCAGUUCAUCCCCAAUACUACAGAAACCCUUACGACAUUCCUCGCGGCAUUCUGCUGGAUCAGAUUGCCAGGAUGAGAGCUAACUUUCUCCAAACAACAACAACCAACACCAAGCUCGUCGAUGAAGAUCAGUUCCAUAGUAUACCAGUACAACAGAUGGGGAACUACCAAGAAUAUCUCAAAAGAAUGCCACAACCAUUACGAGAGUUAGAGACGGCCCCUGUUAGGCAGCACAUGUUUGGAAACCCAUUUAAAGUCAAUAAGAACAUCAUGAUUGAUGAAGCAGAUGACCCUUUGUUAGGUCAGCCAAUCAGACAGAAGAAAAUGACAGAACGAAUGCCACAAUCACCAGGGCCUCGUAAGAGAAAACCAGGUCCUUUACCAAAGGACUUCCCAGUGUGGAGGCCAUCUUCUCCCUCAGUGGGGUCAUCGAGCGCAGCUUCCAGUCCUGCUUCUAGUCCUGCCUCCAGUCCUGUGCACAGUCCUGUGUCAGACGACCUUGACCUCGGUGAGGUCAAAAAGAUCAAAACUAACAGCCACGGUAACAAGAAAGAUGAGGAACCUGGCGCCUUGGUUAUAGACAUUACCGAGGAACCCUCAGACGCUGUGGAACCCCAAAGUCACAUGACCAACCAUGUGAUGGAAAAUGACCACAGUGCUAAGGAGCCUCCACCAAAGCGAUCAAAACAAGACGGGAGUGCACCAACCAAUCACAAACGGGAGUCGGCAAUCUGGGCGCAUAAUACACGUUUACGUCAUAUCCUCUACAAGGAACUCAAACGUCCAGGCAGAAACUACGACAACCUGUUCAACAAUCUAAACACUGUACAGGGAAAUCUUGAGACAAAAAGAACAUUUGUAAGAGACAUUAUUCGAGAGGCCAGUCGGUUCAAAAAGCGUGCGCUUAUUCAAAUGCUUGAACAGUUUGAACAGUCCAUGGUUCGGGUGGAAACCAAACGCCUGAGUGCUGAGGGUGUGAAUAGUGCCACGAUUAGUGCUGUGAUUAGUGCCACAAACAGUGCUCAGGCAGGUGGACACAACAGCAGGUGACAGAGGAUGAAUACCUGCAGCUAGGAAAUGAACAUCGCCAUGGCAACUGACAGGUGUGCAAGCUCUCCAGUGAGAAGAGGGUGUUUGGACGGAUGAAAGUUACGCUCUGUGACACACUUGUUCUUUCACUGCGUUCACUAGAGAGAAGAACAUCAUUAGGAAGUGUGCAGAAGCUUUGGUCAAAGUUACUAGUACUUGCAUUUUGCUGGUAAAGGACUGUUGCUCUCACAGAUUAUAUUCUUAGUAGCGUGAACUUUUCAAGCGCAAAAUAUUUGUUUGGAAACAAGCGAAAUUGUGUGCGAGGUGCAUUACUGAAGAAACACCCUCGCCUUCAGUUGUCCAAUCAACGAUGUUGGUUUCCAAAAUGUUCCUGUGAUCUCAUCCCCAUUGGUUAUCCGUUUCAUUUUCACUCAUUGACAGCUAUCAAUCAAAUGGUUCCAUUGUAUAGUUCCAUGGUUUCUACCAGAAGUCUUUCAGCUUGAUCAGUGGCCACACCUAGUGGGCGGAGCUCCCAGAGCUCUGUCACUCUGACUGGAUCUUUUUUUUAUUUACAUGGACAUUGACAUGAAUGCUACAGUGCUGUUUUUGAAUAUUAAAUGUGUUUGUACAUAGUGAGACAAAGUUAUUGUUACUUGUUUUCAGACUUGAAUGAACCCUGAUCUGUUAUGUUAAAAAAAAAAACUACUUGAUAAUCCAGCACCAUAGAACCAUGUCAGGCGUCAGCAGUCCCCAUAACAGUACUCCAUUUACCUCCCCUUCAUUUCAAUUCAUCCUGUCAAGGGGGAAGGCCUCCAAACUUCAUGUAAGCUGACACAAAAUCUUUUUGCUUGAAAGCAUUUACCUGUACAAGGAUAGACAGGAAACUGUGUAAAAAAGUUCAUGUAAAACUAAACUGAGUACGUCUAUCUUCAAUUUCCUUUUUUAUUAUUAACAGACAAGCUUCCAUGUAUUUUGUAAUGGGUAACCAUGGAAACAGCAAGUUUUAUUCACACUUGUGUAACCUUACAGUUUUAAAGGAGCUGCCCAGAUCUUCAUCUUCUUCUGUGUCCUAUCAAAGGCCAUUAACAGCUGAAUAAAUCUCCUACAGACAU